AUGGGCGGGGCGCUGACGAAGGGCUACCGUAAGCUCUCGUGGCGAUUGCACAAAAAGAGAGGCUCGCAAGGGCGUAUAGUUAUGCUCGGCUUGGAUGCCAGCGGCAAGACCACCAUCCUGUACCGCCUCGCCUUUGGCGAUCACGUCAAAACAAUCCCCACCGUCGGAUUCAACGUGGAGACCAUCUGCUAUCACAAGCUGGCCCUGCUGACCUGGGACGUUGGCGGUCAGAAGAAGCUGCGGCAGCUUUGGCAGUACUACCUCAAGAACACGCAAGCGCUGGUCUUCGUGGUGGAUAGUGCCGACCGAGAGCGGCUGCCCGAGGCCAAGGAAGAGCUGCGGAUGCUCAUGGAGCGGCCAGAGCUGGUGGGCGGCGUGCUGCUGGUGCUCGCCAACAAGCAGGACAUGCCCCACGCACUGCCGCCCGAGGAGAUAGCGCGCAAGCUCAAGCUGAAGCGGGUGGCGCGAAAGACCACAUGGCACAUCCAAGGCACGGUGGGCACCACCGGAAACGGCCUCUACGAGGCCAUCGACUGGCUCACCGCCGCCCUCCGCGACCACGAGGCCGCCACCGCGCGAGGGCGACGCUCCCGCACAACCUGGCGCUUCGUUCGCGAUCCCCACCAUCACCACAACCAGACCGCCGACGUCGGCCUAGCCCAAACCUCCACAACACCGAGCUGA